AUGUCUGUACACAGCAGUGAGUCAGAGGACAGCAGCAGCUGUGACGGUGCAGAUGGUGGAGAUCUCGGGGUCGCCUCAGAUAAAUUAACUGUUGUGGUCGGAGACACACACUUCUCUGAGGAGAAGACAUUACUCAUUCAGAGCUGCGACUAUUUCCGGGCCUUGUACCGCUCUGGAAUGAGGGAAUGUCGACAGGAAGAAAUCCACCUCAACUGUCUGCGUGCUCGAGGUUUCCUCAUCACGUUGGCGGUUUUACGAGGCGAGAUGCCCUUCCUGGAUGGAGACGACAUCGUUGAAGCGAUUGAAAGUGCUGCUUUCCUGCAGGUGGCGCUGCUCACAAAGCAUCUCAUUGACCUCAUUGACUCUGACAACUGUUUGCUGAUGUUUCACACAGCUGCAACCUUUGGCCUCAUGGAGCUUUACCACGCUGCUGCCCUCUUCAUCCGAAACAUGUACGCCGACCUGGAGGUGGAGUUGAGGCAAACCUUACCGUCAGAGCUGGUCUCAUAUGUGGAGUCUUUGACCCCGAGUGUUUUCGUGGCAGUGGGGGCCCAUGUGACCUGUGACACAGGUGAAACUGUCCACGCUGCCUCCAGGACGGUCUGCUACCUGGAUGAAACUGGGAAUAACUGGAAAAUACUGACAGAUCUCCCACUGGAGGCCAGCACCUCCAUGGCUGGAGUGACUGUUUUAGACAAUAAACUUUACAUCAUUGGCGGCAUUCACGGAGUUCAUAAACAAGUCGUGGAAUCUUGUUUCUGCUACAGCGUCGAAGACAACAGCUGGAGCAAGAUCGCCAGUCCGGCACAGCUGCGCUACAAUCUCAGCCUCGUAGGUGCGGACGGUCGUCUCUAUGCCGUCGGAGGAGAGUUCGAGCGGACGAUGAUGUCAUCUGUGGAAAUAUACAACGUCCAGACUGGGAGGUGGGCAUUUGCUGCUCACCUGCCUCGGCCGGCGGCGGGAGCAGCAUGCACCAAAACCAUGAGCAGGAUAUUUGUGUGUUUGUGGAGGCCGAUGGAGACCACAGAGAUCUACGAGUACAUCUCAGCUGCUGAUGAGUGGCGGCUCGUUACCAGGCUGAUCAGACCCCAGAGCUAUGGCCACUGCAUGGUCGGCCACAGAGACAACCUGUACGUCAUGAGAAACGGGCCGUCGGACGACUUCCUGAGAUGCCUGAUGGACUGUUAUAGUCUGAGCACAGGCCAGUGGACAUCACUGCCGGGACACUUUGCCAACAGCAAAGGCUCGCUGUUCACGGCCGUGGUGAGAGGCGACUCUGUGCUCACGCUCAACAGGACCGUGACUCUGGAGUACGCCAUCGACGGUAGAACCUGGAAACCCCGACGGCAGAUGAAGGGUUUCCCCAGAAGUGGAUCAACAUGGACGUUUCUGCUCCGGCUGCCAGAAGCUCUGAUGCUGCAGUAA